GUCACGGUAACUUGGGCAAGACCCCGACGGGACCGGCGCGCGGGGCUGAACUGGAGCUCCGCGGCUAUGCCUGGUGCCCCUGUCCCUGACAAUCGUUUGUCCUGCGCCGGGGCCCGGCACCCGACGGCCGAGCGUUGAGAUGACUUUCCGCGAUCUACUGAGCGUCAGUUUCGAGGGACCCUGCCGGGACAGCGGCGCCGCGGGCUCCAGCACGGGCAGCGGCGGGGGUGGCGCGGGCGGCGCGGCCGCCUCGGAGGGCCCGGCGGUGGGUGGCGUGCCAGGGGCCGCGGGCGGCGGCGGCGGCGGCGUGGUGGGCGCCGGCAGUGGCGAGGACAACCGGAGCUCCACCGGGGAGCCGGGGGCCGCGGGAGCGGGCGGCGAGGUGAACGGCACGGCGGCCGUCGGGGGGUUAGUGGUGAGCGCGCAGAGCGUAGGCGUGGGAGUCUUCCUGGCAGCCUUCAUCCUUAUGGCGGUGGCCGGCAACCUGCUUGUCAUCCUCUCUGUGGCCUGCAACCGCCACCUGCAGACGGUCACCAACUAUUUCAUUGUAAACCUGGCCGUGGCCGACCUGCUGCUAAGCACCACGGUGCUGCCCUUCUCGGCCACCAUGGAGGUUCUGGGCUUCUGGGCCUUCGGCCGGGCCUUCUGCGACGUGUGGGCAGCCGUGGACGUUCUGUGCUGCACCGCCUCCAUCCUCAGCCUCUGCACCAUCUCCGUGGACCGGUACGUGGGCGUGCGCCACUCACUCAAGUACCCCUCCAUCAUGACAGAGCGCAAGGCAGCUGCCAUCCUGGCGCUGCUCUGGGUCGUCGCCCUCGUGGUGUCCGUGGGGCCGCUGCUGGGCUGGAAGGAGCCGGUGCCCCCUGAUGAGCGCUUCUGCAGCAUCACCGAGGAGGCAGGCUACGCCGUCUUCUCCUCCGUGUGCUCCUUCUACCUGCCCAUGGCCAUCAUUGUGGUCAUGUACUGCCGCGUGUACGUGGUAGCGCGCAGCACCACGCGCAGCCUCGAAGCGGGCGUCAAGCGUGAGCGGGGCAAGGCCUCCGAGGUGGUGCUGCGCAUCCACUGUCGCGGUGCCACUUCGGGCGCAGAUGGGGCGCACGGGGGGUUGCGCAGCGCCAAGGGCCACACCUUCCGCAGUUCCCUGUCCGUGCGCCUUCUCAAGUUCUCCCGCGAGAAGAAGGCGGCCAAGACUUUGGCUAUCGUCGUGGGCGUCUUCGUGCUCUGCUGGUUCCCCUUCUUCUUUGUCCUGCCACUCGGCUCCCUGUUCCCGCAGCUGAAGCCCUCGGAGGGUGUCUUCAAGGUGAUCUUCUGGCUCGGCUACUUCAACAGCUGCGUGAACCCGCUCAUCUACCCCUGCUCCAGCCGCGAGUUCAAGCGUGCCUUCCUCCGCCUGCUGCGCUGCCAGUGCAGGCGUCGCCGGCGCCGCCGCCCCCUCUGGCGCGUCUAUGGCCACCACUGGCGGGCCUCGACUGGCGGCCCUCGCCUCGACUGCGCCCCCGGCCCGGGCGCCGCGCCCCCCGGUGCCCCGCUGGUCCUCACCGCGCCCUCCGCCCCAGGCUCCCCAGGCACAGCCGAGUCGCAAGCUCCGGUCGCCGGCCGCCGAAAGCCACCUUGCGCCUUUCGCGAGUGGAGGCUGCUGGGGCCGUUCCGGAGACCCACCACCCAGCUGCGUGCCAAGGUCUCCAGCCUGUCGCACAAGAUCCGCGCCGGGAGCGCGCAGCGCGCGGAAGCCGCGUGCGCCCUGCGCUCGGAGGUGGAGGCUGUGUCCCUAGGCGUCCCCCACGAAGUGGUCGAGGGCGCCACCUGCCAGGCCUACGAGCUGGCGGACUAUGGCAACCUCCGGGAGACUGAUAUUUAAGGACCCCGGAGCUAGGCCGGCGUGUGGCUGGAGGAGGGGUAUACAAUGGGAUGCUGGUGAGGACGUGGAAGGAUGGCUGGCUUUGUUCAAGAGGCCGGUGCGGAUCAGGAACUCCAAACUGAUUAGGACAACUGCUCUCUGGCAGCCCCGAGGAACUGAAGCGGGAAUGGCGCCCUGAAAGGGUGGAAAGUUCUGGGCCCCCUCUUGGACACAGAUGCCGGGAGCUCCUCCUUUCUGAGGGAGAGGCUGCAGACUCCGUGGGGCCAUUUGCUCACAAUCCCUGUUUGAGAAACACUGCCCCAUCCUUUCCCUGAACCCUGGGUAGACAGCCCCAAGUACGGCCAAGGCAGGCCUGCCCCUCCUCUCGGAGAGGAAGGGGCAUAGAGGCACUGCAUGGCUGCCUCCCUAGCAAAAAGCCACUGGGACUAAGGCUUCGCAAUGAACAUAAUUGCUCCUUACUGCCAACUGGAGGAACCCAGAGGGCCUGCCACAGCCACCCAUAAGCUUUGGUGGCAGAUGGGAUGACCCUCCUACAAGCCUGUUGUAUUUAUCCUUGGCCCACUCCCCAGUACAGAUGGUUCUCCAUGCACACCGCAUCACCUGGCCCUGCCUUCAUUACGUCCCCCAGGGGCCUUACUGUUUACACUCUGUACAUAGCUCAUUGUGCCUGUGCCUGUCACCUCUUGCUGGGAUCCAGAGCCAUCAAAUGGGGAGAGCUUUAUUUGUCAUUUUGAGACAUAUUUAUUGGUAAGAGUACUUCUAUUUUGUCCAAACUGUGCAAACUGUCCCUCUUUAGCUUAUAACCCAUAAAGAACUACUUCUUUGUUUUCUAAAAUCCUUCAAGUCCUAAAGGCCCACAACAGGAUAGAUUGGGUAUGCGUUCACCAUUCUAGUUUCAACGUAACUAUCUUUUUAACUGAUGGCUGCUAUCCUUUGGGAUUUUCAGCAUGACCAAAGGACUUGGGGGAGGGAGGGUUGUUGGCUUUUAAAAUUCACAUGAUUAGUCUUGGGAACCAAAGAGGAAUCAUAAGCACAAAUUUUCACUUUGUCAGUCUCCCCAGAUGUAUCUGUAAUUGCUCUGAGGGCCUCAAUGAGGAAGGCAGCCAUCAGUUAAGUGGCUGAAACAUGACAAGGAAAACUAUACAAGCCUGAGUAGACAGAUGUACAUGGUGAGGGAGAGAAUACCUACCUAGGAACCAUGUUUGUUAGCUUUGAGUAAAAUGACCGACACUUCAUAGUCCCAGGAGAUUACAGGUAGGUCAGUCUUCAGCUGUAUAGUAUCAAUCACCUACAUCCAACCAGCGUGAGUGUGGUAACUGUGGCCCAGAAGCAGGCCCCUCAGAAGCAGGGCUUAUUAGACAAAACUGUGAGGUGUUUGGAGUGGGGGUGUUCCAAAACCGGAAGGUCCAGCUGCGGGAGCCAACGUGGGCCAGUGUUUCGAGCCACAAUUUUCAUCCUGUACUGGGAGUCUGUUUAAAAGGUCACUGCAAUUUCAGACCCCUCAUCCCAAUUUUGCAGGGUAAAAAGGCAGCCCAUGUCGGGGCUCGGGAACUGCCACUUCACAUGUGAGUCUUUGACAGGUCCUGGACUUCUGGCCUGGCAUCCCCCCAGGGAACAGGAAGGGCAGUUUAAGGCAGGUGUGGGAACAUGUUGCACACCCCAAAGAGGGCCCCACUUUGCAGCACAUUGUCCACCCUAAAGCUGGGGACACUAGGGGACAGCCCCUGUGGUCUUCUCACAGAAGUGGGGGCUGUCGGUCAAAUCGGAUUAGUGAGGGGGGCAGACGCCCAUGUCAGAGGAUUAAACAUUGGGUUCCUGAGAAGGGGUUCAACAGCAGGGGAGGGUCCCUGAGCAGGGUGAAUGUUGGUUCCCACAUGCCAGGACAGUUGAACCCACAGGAGGUCAACAAUAGGGGCAAGGGAGCAAGGGAGUCUUCAUCAGGAGGAUUUUAGGGGGGCCUCCCUGCCCUGUAUAACAGCAGGUGUGGAGGCAGGCAGUGCUGGCAGCUUGCCCAAUACUUUCUCUAGGCGCAGUGAUCAGUCAUUAAAACAUGUCUGCUGUUCAAGCCUCAGUCCCUGUCUCCUGGCACAGGGGCCCUCUGCACACAGCUGCCUCCUCCUGUACCCCCCAUACCAGGUACAGAGCCUUCAGGAGAUGGAGGAGGGCUGCAGAGUCCCCAGAGAGGCCAUGCCAUGGCCAGGGCAUCCAGGGACCUGGUUCUAAUCAUCAAUAAAGCACUGAGCUGCUGACCUUGGUCUCAGGACAUGCCAAGAAGUCAUACAGUGGCUAAGAGGAAUGGAAGGAGGAGUAGCAGCCCUUCUGGGCUUGCAAGUGAUUUGGGGGAAUUUGGAAGAAGUGCAUUCACUGCUUCAUUUCCUGGGUCCUCGGGUUUCCCAGCCCCCCAGCCUGGCCUACGGAUCUCAUUAAAGACUGUCCCUGAAGUGCAUAUAAAAAUGGGGCUGUCGUCUCUAGAAAGCAUCUAUGAAAUGGCAAGGUGACUGGGGGAAUGGGGAAGAAAGACUCUCCCAGCACCCAUCACAAUGGGAGUAGGAGGAGUUCCUUUGCACAAUCCUCAAGAAAUGGGGUGAGGCCUAAAGGAGUUUGUCAGUAGGAAGAGGAUGGUCCUGUGAGAUGUGACAGGGACAAAAGCAAGCCUCCAAAUUCAUUGGCAUUUGCCCAAUUGCCACCCCGCCCCACGCCCCAUCCUUAGAAAGCCUCAUUCCUGCUUCCUACCCAAAACCUCCGGCUCUAGUCCACCCUCCCUCUCAAGCCGAGCUCUUGCCACCCAUCUUGCCUUGCUUCCCACACUCUUUUCGGGACCUCUGUCCCCAGCAUCCCACAGGGCUGGUUUUGCAAGUCACCUGGGACAUUACAUUUCCCCGAUCUCCUCCCCUCUGUCUCUGCCGCAGUCCACACUGGUGGCCACUCCUGCUUCCUGAAAUGUUCCUCUCCCUGCCCGAGCCACGCCCCUGGGAUCUCUUCUGGUCCCCUGACCACACAUUCUCUCUCCGACUCCUGCGCAAGCGCCUCUCUCUGUCCUUAAAUGUCCCCCAGGGUUUUCUUUUUCCUUUUCUCAACUCUCCACACAAUCUCAUCCACUCCAAAUCAUCUCAGUCUCGUACAUAAAUGGCUCCCAAGUGUCUGUCUAGCUCCAAAUGUGUGUUCAUUAUCCCCUUGGGUGACCCCCAGCACUGUAAAUACAAGCCCAAUCACUUGCAAAGCCCUCUCCUCUACUUCAUGUGGAAAUGACAAGGUCACUGAUGCUGAGGCUUCAGGCUCCCUGAGGCCCUGAGCUGCCCAUCCUCUCCAUACUCCACCAUCUUCCCAAGACCCCCUUCCUAGAUCCCCUGCCCAGACCCAAGC